AUCUGUUUCACAAGAUGGAAAUGGAUGGGCCUCAUGAAGAAAACAAUCCCGAUUCGUUGGACCGGACCCGGGAAGAGCUUUUUGGCACAGAUUGAGCCUGGAACACCCAGGUCCACUGGUCCAGUACGCUUGAUGGAGCAAACGAAACCCUCACCGUUUCAGUUACGUGUUAAACUGAAACUGAAAAUAAAAGAGAGAUAAAUUAAAAAAAAAAAAAAUCAUCCGAAAUUCGAGUAAAUAAAUAAAAAUCAAAUAAAAGCAAUCACUUCCCUGGUCCUUUGCUUCGUGUUUAUCGCCGGUAACCGAAUCGGAAAACAUGGACGAUGAGUUGCUGGAGUUGCAGAGGCAAUUCGAGUUAGCGCAGCAGGCGAAAUCGAGCAUCCGGUUAUCGGAGCGAAACGUCGUCGAGUUAGUUCAGAAGCUCCAGGAGAUUCACAUCAUUGACUUCGAGCUUCUCCUCAUAGUCUUCGGCGAAGAAUACAUUACUCCGGAGCAACCGAGGCAUAAAAUUGUGGAGGGAGUCAAGAAAUUAGGCCGUGUUUCUUUGAUCGAUCUAGCAGACACUAUAGUGGAUUUUGCUAUUGCACAGAAGGAAUGUUUAGGUUCUUUCUUUUCACAGGUUUGGAAUUUAGUCUACUGAUGUAGUGAUGUUCUGAUGUUUGGUGUCUAUAAAGAAGGUGCACCUCUGAAACCAUUAUAUAUAUUGUACCAAAAAAUUUGUGCAAUCAUAAAUCUGUUACAUGCCUAGUGUAUAAUAAAAUUAAGAAUGUUCAAAAUAUCUGACAAAGCUUACUGUCAUCGUUUCACUGGCAGGACUUGUAAAUCUUUGUUGUCAUAAACACCUCAUUUUACAUAAGAUUAAUGCUUUUAGCGUACAGUUGUUUCCUAGUGAGCAUAUAAACUUCAUGUUAAAUGUAGAGGAUGGAGAAUGCAUUAUUAUAAAGACUCAGUCAUUCUGGUUGAAUUUAAAAGGAAUAUGAUAGGCCAGAAGGAAUAGAUUUGUUGAGUGGUCUGAAAGACCUUACUGCCUUUGAGUUGAUGAUUGAAUUACUGCCUAAUAGAGCUUCAUGUUAAAAGCUUAAAAUAACAUUCAUACACCUGACUAAUGGCAUCACUGGCAUCCGGGAGAAAUGAAGGAUUUUCUCUAAUAGUGAACUAUUGGAAGUGUAGAGUCUUGAUAAGCAGUGGAAUUUUAGCCAAAUAAGGAGUUCCUAUUGGAAAUAAUUUUGAUGCUGGGAGCUUUUAGAGAUUUUAUCACUAAAUUCUUAUUCACUAAUUAGUGUUUUAGGAAUUUAUGAAAGUUAUAUCUUCACUCAUGGAUCUCCACACUGAAAUUAAAGUUUAAUUAUUUGUCACAUACUGCAUUGAUUAAUUCAUUUUUCUAUGAAGAUAGAGGUUUUAAGGUCCUUCUGGUAUUUCUGUUCUCCUCAUGGUUCCUCUUCUGUUCACAGAAUUCUUUUAUCAGCUAUGAGGCUGUGCACAAACUUGGAAUUUCCCAGCCAGUUCAGUUUUUACAGGAAAUAAAUUCUGCAGAAUUUUCAAGAUCAUUGACUUUUGAA